AUGAACUCGUUCAAGUGCUCGUCGUACACUUUCGACGUCUACAGAUGUCUUCUCCUAUCGGCACAUCUGCACACAUCCAUGUAUAAUGGUUUAGCGGAGUUCGUAUGCAAGACAUCCAUCUGGUUGUCAAGACGGAACCUCCUCGAUUCAUUUCUUCCACUGCAGUCCUUCAACACUUGUGCGGUGUGCCUCUGCAGCAUCAACACAGCGGAUGUAAAAGCAAGCAACAGAUGCUACAAACUUCAGUACACUGUGCAAGUAAGCGUAUCUCCUCUGCAAAAUAUCAGCCAGCACAGAUAUCAAUCAGUCAAUGCAGUCAUACCAGAGAUAGAGCUGAUAUCCAUUCAUACCACACAUAGAACUGAUAUGCAUUCAUUCACGAAACAUCGUUCAUCCCAUUCCCACGUGGACCCAUUCAUGGAACAUCACUCCACAAUCGAGUACCAGACUGAUCUUGAGUUCUUUCGUUACGCCGACGAUGACAAGACAUUCCACACUUGCCAAUUUGUUUAUUAUGACAGAGAUAAUCAGCAAGACGCGAUAAUCAGUAAAUUAUGAUUUAGAACGCCUCACAUUUAAAUAGAAGGCCAUGGUGUCAGUAAAUUUUACGGAUAAUUGAUAAGGACAUAACUAGGAUCAUGUCUAUCUAAUAUUAAAUAAUCUUAACUAAUAGCAGUGUAAAGAACGUCAACGAUUUUUUAUUUAUACAAUUUUUCAAUAUUACUACAGCGGUUAUUUAGAAAUACAUGACAAGAAUAUUAAAUGACUUGAACAAGCACCAUCCGACAAAUUAUCCAACACCAAUUAUUAAGUACCCAGCCACCAAAGCCAACCAAUCACCCAAUCACAACAGCCCACCCAUCAGCCAACAGCCAAUCACAACAACCCACCAACCAGCCAACAACC